UCCAUAUAAUUUGGUGGUUUUUUGGUGACUUGUACCAUUUUGUUUGUUUUAAUGUAGGUUUUGUGUUAGAUUUAAGUAAACAAGUAAAAAUUACUUGUAUAAAGGGGUAGGGAUAUAUAAGUUUCCACUUCAGCCUACUCCUUUUCAAACACAGAAGGGAUGAUAUGUAUUUUUUCUGUUUGUGGUACUUUUUAAAAAAUUAUGUAUGUUUUCUUUGUUUGAAAUAAACUAAACUAAACUAAAAAAAACCUAAAAAAACAAAUGCAAAAGUCAACACUAUUAUUGCUUUUCGAUGAUGAGUUCAAAAAUAGGUGUCUUGUUUUCUCAAAAUGGUUUAAUGACACAUUUCUUAACUCUACAUAAAUAAAAUGGAUGCCUAGCAGGUAAACACUGAAGCUCAGCAAUCAAACUGACAGAAAAUUGAUCAUUUAUUUAUUUAAAAUACCAAAUGGUAAAACAACAUGAUGAUUUACCAGCGUUUUUUCUCCCUUCAGCCUUCUUUUCUCUAAUGACUUCCUCCAGCUGGAUCCUGGAGUCAGAGUUUAAAAGGACUCCUCUUCGUGGCGUCGUCAGCUCCAUCCACAGAGAGAUAAAUUAGCAAGUGUGCUGUUGAUUUAAAGCUGCCGUAGACUUUUAUUAGGAACUAAUCUGGUCCUGAAAAGCUUUUCCUCCCUGCUGCUUUAAACUGCAUCCAGGUGCUAUGAGCUUCAUCUGCAUCACAACACAUACAGAUUAGGCUAAUAGCAUUAGUAGAUCUCAUGGGCCCUUAUUAUUGCCUUCAUUAUCAUCGUUAUUAGUUUAAAUUCUGCAGUAACCGGAGGGCGGGUGUAUUUUUAGAGUGGAAACUAAACUAGAUUUUCUACUUUAGUAAUUCAGAAGAAAAGGAAGUUUCUGCUUUGUGUUUGUGUCAAACACACACCUGCAGGAUGUGCCAUGUGGGAAAACGCACAGAUGCAUUUAUGACAAUUUAAGAUGGGCUGUUUUUUCUGCUCUGCUUGUAUUAAUUCUGAAAAGUUGGGUUUGUGAAAGCAGAACUUAAAAUAAGCUGUCUUUCAGCAGAACACCCAAUUAGCAGAGAUUAGCUGUUGUAUGGAGCAUCAGGGAAUCUCAUUCAAAUGGGAAAAAGACUUCUUGGUUCUAAUUGGUGGCUGGUGUAAAUUCUCUACGCCCAUGAAAACCAGCAGACACUAGUUUGUCAUCCUACUGGUUCAUAUGCCUGAACCUCUUCCAGAUUUCCUCAGUUGUCGUCAGCGUGGAGAGUUCAUAGGUCCCAUUAUCAACGGAGGCAGAUUUAGAUCUGGUUUUCUCACCAUGAAGCCAAACUAGUUCUGUCUCACCGCAUCAGAGUAACUUUUACUUCCUGUUGGAUGAUCGUGGACCUGAUCAACAGUUAUGGAAUCCUCCGUGCCUCCUGGGAAACUGAGCCAGCCAGCAUUUUACAUCGAUCGGAUUCUGAGUUUGGAUCUGGAAAAACCUGAAAGGAGCCUGAAACUUCAUCGACCUUGGGCAGAUGGUGGAGUAGGGAGGAAGAGAGGAAACAGUUUUUGCUUUAAACAGCAUCAAGAUGAACAACAGAACCCACCCAGAACCACAUCAAGCUGGUACAUGGGACGGCGUCCUCGCACGGCCUUCAGCAACAGCCAGGUGAACGCUCUGGAGACGGUGUUCCAGGUGAACUGCUACCCAGGAAUCGAGCUGAGGGAGCAGCUGGCAGAAAAACUGGACCUGGAUGAGGACAGAGUCCAGAUCUGGUUUCAGAACCGUCGGGCUAAACUGAGACGUUCUCUCCGAGAGACCCGACUGCAGCUGGUUCAGACUGCUGUGACUGACCUGUGGGUGCAGCCAGAGGUCAUAGGUCACCUGAGGACCUUUAAGCAGAAAGGUGGAGAUGAUGAGCUCACCCAUGAGCAUGCCUCUCAUCACCAGAUUAAAGUGGAGGAAGAGGAGGAGUGAUGUAGAUGAAGGUCUGAUUUCAAAACAAAUCAAGGUGGAAAACGAAUGUUAAAUAAAGGCAAAGUGUUCUAAUGAGCCACCUAGACUUUAUGUGUCAUUUCAAAUCUCUGUGUGUGAGUAGAUUUUUAUAUUUUGAGCUGUUUCAGAUUUGAAUAAAACUAUUUAGGGUAUUACAGCUUGGGUCUGCUUUUGUGUGUCUUCAUUCAUAAAAUGUCACUUCACUUGUUUAAAGCUUAGACAUUUUCAAAGUUCAUCAAAUGAUGAAUGCAAUUAUCAAAUAUGUAUUGAUGAAGGUGAGUUUGUAUUUUUUUAUGUUUUCUUAAAAUAUAGCUUGCAGAAAUGGUACUGCAUCAAUAUAUUACAUAUGCACACACUUAGCAUUAGAAUUCUGAUAUAAUCUUCAUUUCAUUUUUGUAUUAGUGAUCAUAAAAAAUUUCUGCAGGGAUUGUAUAGAAAUCCACAGGCAUCAGAAUAAAUAACAUAAUCUCUUUGCAAAA